UCACGCCCAAAUUGGAGAAUAGUUCCAAGUUCCAACACAUCGCACAUCACACAGAAAAGGCUACGACUACGCGUCCCCUUUCCCACUGGUAGGAAGGAACCAGCAUCAACUGCAGCAGGACCGACCGGGACGCGGUCGGGGAUGGCGAACGCGUUGUCCAUCUCGCGGAGCCUCCGGCGAUCCCUCGCCCCUGACGCCAUCUACCGCCUCCUCCUCCAGCGGUCGCGGGCGUUCGUGACGGCUGAGUGCCAUCGCCCCGUCGUCCUCCACAAGCGCGGCCCCGACAUCCUACACGACCCAUGGUUCAACCGGGGAACGGCGUUCUCGAUGACGGAGAGGGACCGGCUCGGCCUCCGCGGCCUGCUCCCGCCCAGUGUCGUUUCCUCGCAGCAGCAGAUCGACCGAUUCAUGGGUGAUCUUAAACGGCUGGAGCAAAAUGCCAGAGACGGGCCGUCUGAUACUUACCAACUGGCGAAAUGGCGUAUUCUUAACAGACUGCAUGACAGAAACGAAACGAUGUACUACAAGGUCUUAAUAGAUAAUAUUGAGGAGUAUGCGCCUAUUGUUUACACACCGACUGUUGGCGCUGUUUGCCAAAACUACAGUGGCUUGUUUAGACGGCCUCGAGGAAUGUAUUUUAGUGCAGAGGAUCGUGGUGAAAUGAUGUCCAUGGUGUACAACUGGCCAGCUGAUCAGGUCGACAUGAUAGUGGUGACUGAUGGAAGCAGGAUAUUGGGCCUUGGUGAUCUAGGGGUGCAAGGUAUUGGCAUUGCUAUAGGGAAGCUGGAUUUAUAUGUUGCUGCUGCUGGAAUAAAUCCCCAGAGGGUUCUUCCAGUUAUGAUUGAUGUGGGAACUAACAAUGAGAAACUCCUCAAGGAUCCUCUUUAUCUUGGGCUACAAGAACACCGUCUUGAGGGAGAAGAAUAUGUUGAAAUUAUUGAUGAAUUCAUGGAAGCUGUUUUCUCUCGUUGGCCCAAUGUGAUUGUACAGUUUGAAGAUUUCCAAAGUAAAUGGGCCUUCAGGUUGUUGCAGCGUUACAGGAAGACUUAUCGUAUGUUUAAUGAUGAUGUGCAGGGAACUGCUGGUGUUGCAAUAGCUGGUCUUCUAGGAGCUGUAAGGGCACAAGGAAGGCCAAUGAUAGACUUUCCAAAGCAAAAGAUUGUUGUCGCAGGUGCUGGCAGUGCUGGGAUUGGUGUUGUGAAUGCUGCAAGCAGGACCAUGGCAAGGAUGCUGGGAAACAACGAGGUUGCUUUUGAGAGUGCUAGGAGUCAAUUCUGGAUAGUCGAUGCUCAUGGCUUAAUAACAGAGGAACGUGUAGAAAUCGACCCAGAUGCACUUCCCUUUGCUAGGAGAAAGAGUGAGCUAACUCACCAAGGCCUAAAUGAGGGCGCAAGCUUGAUUGAAGUGGUUAAAAAGGUGAAGCCUGAUGUCAUACUUGGACUAUCUGCUGUUGGUGGUUUGUUCUCAAAGGAGGUUUUGGAAGCACUAAAAGAUUCAUCCUCUUCCAGACCAGCAAUUUUUGCGAUGUCAAAUCCAACUAAGAAUGCUGAAUGUACACCUGAAGAAGCCUUCUCAAUUAUUGGUGAAAAGGUCAUAUUUUCCAGUGGAAGCCCAUUUGACGAUGUGGAUCUUGGUGAUGGAAAGAUCGGCCACUCUAAUCAAGGGAAUAACAUGUAUCUCUUUCCUGGAAUAGGACUUGGAACCCUGUUAUCUGGUGCACGGAUUGUCUCUGAUGGAAUGCUUCAGGCGGCAGCAGAGCGCUUGGCUUCGUACAUGAAAGAGGAGGAGGUUCUCCAAGGGAUAAUUUACCCUCCAACCUCCAGAAUACGUGACAUCACUAAGGAGGUGGCGGCAGCAGUGGUGAGGGAAGCUGUUGCAGAGGACCUAGCUGAGGGAUACCGUGACAUGGAUGCACGUGAGCUUGCAAGACUAAGCGAGGAAGAAACAGUUGAUUAUGUCAAGAACAACAUGUGGAAUCCAGUUUAUCCAACAGUAGUGUACAAGAAAGACUAGAAUUCUACUCAUGCUGUAAAAUACAUGUUCAUUCAUCAUGCGCAAUUUUCCUUAGGCUAUUCUUUCGAUCUUUGGAAAUAUAGCCACCUCCGAUAUGAGUAUGGAGUCUCGAUUGUUUAAUGUGAUCGUCACGUGAUAGAACACGAGACUGACCCCAGUUUUUAGUUGUCUAAUGCUGUGAGAGGUGCACCAGGUAGUGCGAGAUAGGCUCCCAGCUCCCUGUCUGUCGCAUUUGAAGUUGAGGUACUUGCAAUAAUAACUGGGACUUGCAUUCCAGUUUUCUCCAGA